AUGUCGACGCGCGCGCGUCCCUCGUGCGCCCGAGAGCGUCGCGCGCGGACGACCGCGCGCGCGAGCGAUGACGCGGACGACCGCGCGCGCGGUGGACGCGCGACGACGCGACGGGACGCCCUGCGCGCGGGAUUCCACCUCGACGCGUGUCGACGGCUGACGCACAUGAAUCCAUCGCUCGCGACGCCGUGGACGCCCACGACGGACGCGACGCUCGGCGAGCAGUACGCGCGCGCGCUCGAGCUCGCGUCGGACCGCGAGCGACGGCGGACGACGAUCGGGCUCGAGGCGGAGGGUGGGACGUUGCGCGCGCGAUGGCGAGCGGGACGCAACGAACUCGCGGGCGUCGUCGAUAGUGGAUCGCCGUUUUUGACGACGUUUCGUCGGUGUGCGGCGUCGGGGUGGGGGUGCGUGGACGCGAGGGAUGUGUCGUUCGUCGCGUUUGAGUCGACGAGGGAGACGUACGGAUUACAGAUUGACGACGCGACGAGUUGGUACGCGGCGACGCGGGCGGGCGUGGGAGAGUUUAAUUUCGAUGAGCUCGUCUUCGGCGUGGCGGACGGGGUGAGAGGGACGAACGCGGCGCCGUUCUUUGGACUCGUGAAGUACGUCAAUCGUGAACGGGGGAUACGGCCGAGUUUUUUGCAGCAGACGGAUAUCUCGUCCUUCGCGUUGGAUUUCGAUAACCAGUCGUUGACGCUGAGCAGGGACUCUCUGGUCGAUCCGACGCGGGCUGGGGUGCUGCGAACGGUGGAUUUGCGCGUGAAAGGGGCGCCGGUGUAUCACUACGCGUCGCUGUGCGACGAACUUUGGAUUAACGGUGAGCGGUUUCAAACGUCCAAGCCGAUUUACGUCGCGUUCGAUUCGGGCACGACUGGGAUGCUCGUCGACAGGAGUUUGUUCGAUGCGUCCGAUUUUCAGCUCGGGUGUCGAUCGGUGGACAUGAAGUUUACGGACGUGCACGGUCAGGCAAAGUUUUGCGGGAGCUCCUUGAAGACGUGCACGCGCGAUUGUCUAUUCAUCGUGAAGCCGAUUGACGUUCCUUGGGAAGGCGUCGGACGCGACUAUCACAUCGUCUUCGCGGGUUUGUCCGUCCUACGUAACGAAGGUUCGCUCGUCGUCGACGCCGAUCGUGGACUCGUGCGUCUCGGUCGCUUCGAAGUUUAA